UCUCUCUCUCUCUCUCUCUCUCUCUCUCUCGCGUCCCAGCAACAAUGUACAACGUCCGCUGUGAGUCUGAUCAGCGGUGGCAAGUGCAGCAGGAUGACACUGUCCAGAUUGUGCAGGACGACAUCAGCAAGAAAGCGGAAAAAGAGGAAAAGGAGCUGGUCGCCUCCACGCCAAACCAACGCAACUGGCGGGGAAUCCUAAUAGCCCUGCUGGUGAUUGGGUGUGUGUGCGGCCUCAUUAUCUUCUCCGUGGUUCUGCUCACUCCUCCUGACGCGGGGCCGAGGUUCAACGGUACCAGAUUUACCUUAGAGGAUGUUCUCAGCGGCGCUUUUGAUACCCCGAAGUUUAAUGGGAAGUGGAUAUCAGGCGCCGAGAUCGUGUUUGGGGACGAGAGUGGCGGGGUGAGCCUGCUGCACGUGCCCACUCUCAUUGUGACGCCGCUCGUGUCCAACUUUACCUUUCGUCGCCUAAACGUAGAGGAGUUUGAUGUGUCUCCUGACAAGAAAUACAUCCUCCUAAAACAUGACAUUCUACAGACUCGCCACUUCCGCCACCUGGCCAAGUACACAGUGUUGCAGAUGGACUCUGAGCACAUGGUUUCGGUAACGCCCUUCCCGGCACGCGAAGGACACCCAGCACUGCAGCAUGCCGCCUGGGUCCCCGGGGAGGCAGCAGCCCUGGUCUUAGUUCACCAAAAUGACGUGUACUUGAAGGAGUCGCCGGCGUCCCCUGUGGUAACGCGCCUCACCACCACGGGACACACACACCUUGUCUUCAACGGCAUUACUGAUUACCUUUACCGGGAGUACAUCCUUCAUUCUGUGUCCGCGGUAUGGGCCAGUGCUAACGGUACAAGACUGUGCUACGCCACCUUCAAUGACACCAACGUCUUAGAGAUGAAAAUCCCAGUCUACAAUGAUGUGUACCCGACCAUCCAGCCUUUGCGGUACCCCAAGGUGGACAUGCCAAACCCUUCCGUCUCGCUGUGGGUGGUGGACCUUGGGCGUCCCACACCCACGCCCACACCCAAGGACCUCAAGCCACCCACGCGAGUCAAAAGCCAGUCAGUGGGCCUGUGGGACCACUACUUCACGGCCGUCAGCUGGAUCGACGAGGACACGGUGGCGGUGGUGUGGCGCAAUAGAGCACAUAACAUCAGCGUUCUCACCACCUGCACUCCGCCCAUGUGGUACUGCGAAGAGCUCUACGUGGAGGAAAGCACACCUCGCCGCUGGACCACCAUAGAACAAGCUCCUCUCUUUGCUAAAAAUGGCACGGAGUAUCUGACGGUGGCGCCCCUGGUGGAUGGCACGCUAGGCACCUACCCGCAUGUCCACCACGUUGAGGGCAACAAACACCUCAAUCCUCUCACCUUCGGCCCGUACACUGUUUUUUCCGUGCUCGGCUGGGAUGUGGAUAACAAUUAUGUGUACUACGUGGCCAACACCGAGGGCGAGGCGAGUGAUCGACACCUGUGGAGAGUGACUGACUUGAACGCUGAGGUGCCAAGGGUUCAGGAGUGCCUCACCUGUGCCCUUAAUUACACCUCACCUGUCUGCCAGCACUACACGCCUCACCUGGGCCCAGACAACUUCAAUGAGGUGCUGCUGGAGUGCGAGGGGCCGAGCGUGCCUCACACCAUCCUGUACUCGCUGCUGGAGGAAGAGGUGUUGCUCUUCGUUCACAACAACACUGUGCUGAAGGACCGUAACGACUCUAUGGCGUGGCCGCAGCAUCGGGAGUACUGGGUGAAGCUAGAGGGAGACUUCACGGCAAAGGUUCGGUUGAGUCUCCCGCCUGAAUAUUCUGACGAAGAGGCUUUCCUGCAUCCCCUCGUUGUCUUUGUAGGGGGCGUGGCGGGGCAGCAGCAGCUCUCACACCGCUGGAGAGUAGACUGGUCAACCUAUCUCGUCUCCAACAAGUCGUGGAUAGUGUUGCAGGCCGAAGUGCGGGGAGCUGCUGGCCAGGACUUAGGGCACAUGUACAAGCCUGCCUGGAGACUAGGAGAACACGAGGCGCGCGAUCACCUUGGAGUUCUCAGGUCACUUUUGGCCAAGCUGGAGUUUCUGGACGGAUCAAGGGUGGCGGUGUUCGGAUGGGGACACGGAGGCCACAACGCUGCCCGCCUGGUGAUCUCGGACACAGAGGGCGUGGUGAGCUGUGCCGCCCUAGUCAGCCCCAUUACGGACUGGUCUCUGUACGCAUCGUACUACACCGAAAGAUUGAUGGGCACGUCUAAGGUAGUGCCCGGGGGGAACUACAGAGGCUAUGAGGAGAGUUCGCUGCUCCUGCAAGCGGCGUCACUGAAGAACAGGUCCCUAAUGUUGAUACAUGGAACGGCUGAUACUGACGUGCACUAUGACCACACGCUGAAGCUGUCCCACGCUCUCACCAAGGCAGGGGUCAUUUUCAGGCAGCAGACGUACACAGACGAAGGCCACGACCUUGAUCGAGUCCAGCUGCACCUGUACCACACUCUGGAGAAAUACUUCGAGUCCUCCUUCCCUCCGUACAACGAGGAGGAGCUGAGCUUAAAGUUUGGACAAGAUGUCCUCCCAUAGUUGCAGAGGCGCGGCAGAGACAGCGAUAACAACAGCAACAACAACAGUGGGAUGCUGGAGCUACAAGAGUCGGCAAGGCGUACCUGGCGAGCAGUUGUCAUGUGGUGCCGAUGGUUGGGGAUUCUGUUAGCGGGGCCCUAUUGCCGAGUGCCCGGCUGUGGGGUGCUGACAGCCGACCCUGGAACAGCCGAGGCUCAACCCUGACCGCUCCAUCUUUGAGCAUCCCUUAGGGACAUGUGUAGGACCCUGAAAAGUCCAGUGAAAGAGCCCACCCCAUCGCCAUCGAGCAGUCCCGAUGAAGGUGGAAGAAAAUUUAAGGUUUCCUCUUUCCUUAGUGGAAUGCGGAGGCAAAUAUUUGGACAUUGACAGAAGUGGGUAUCGUCAACGCUUCCGUAAGACAUCCCCGAUGGCAGAGGCGUGGCAGCACGACGCCUCAGUAGGGAACGAGAGAGAAGGAGGUCCUGAUCGCGCCUCUUCGUGAUACUUACUAUCUUAAGUGUUCCGACUCCAGUACGUACUUGUCUAGAAGGAAAGAUCCCAUUAUAGCCUGCCAUUACGGGACUUAAUAACAACUUAGGUCAUGUAUACAUAUAAAUAUACAUAUAUAUAUACCCUGGAGUUUUAGACGAGUGGGCAUAAAAACAGUAAGUCAAUCAGGUAGUCACGUCAAUCUGAAGCAUCGGGAAGAGAUUCCAUAUAUGUUGGCUGAAGCAAACGAGCUCCUUCAUUCAGUGUUUUCUUUCAGAGGAAAUGCCUGUAAAUAUGUGAACCUUUUUGAAUACCUUAGAGCAAAUUAUAUAAACAUGAGGCAGCAAGUUAUCGGGAAUGUGGAUAAACAGAAGAGAACGAAAAGAAAACUAAGGUAGAAGGAAUAAAUGACACGCAGGAAGGAUAGUCGAAGGAAAGCAAUUAUAUAUAGCAAUACGGCUAAUAAAACACAAGAGAUAGCGAUAAAAACAAGGAGAUGAAGCAAUAACAGGAAAAAAAAAGGGCGGCACAAAAGGAUAUGAAAAGACAAAGCAGUAGAGGAAUGGGAAAGAUUAUUGAUUAAGGGACAAAGGAGACUAAGUAAAGGAAUUAAGGAAGUGAAAAGUACAGUAGUCAGUAAGCAGCAUUUUGUACCUCGGUUCAGCCAUGUCAAGUCGAUGGAAGUGGAGAUCAGCCACUCACUCACCACUCACCUGAGAACAAAGAUAAAAAAAAAAACAGAUUAUAUAUGUAAAAAAAAUAACUAUUUCUACUACAGUAUUGUUCCUAUUCUUCUCCCGAUCUAUUUUUCCGCUUAGCUUGGAGUGUGUGUGUGUGUAUGUGUGUGUGUUUGUGUGUGUGUGUGUGUGUGUGUGUGUGUGUGUGUGUGUGUGUGUGUGUGUGUGUGUGUGUGUGUGUGUGUGUGUGUGAGAGAGUGUGCGUGUGUGUACUCUCUGGGCGUAUCUGUCUUUGUGAGUGAUGAAAACCUAUACAUUCUGUACCACUUUUCUUCAGUGUAGAGGCAAACAUAACAUUUAUUCAUUAAACUGUCCUGCAUAUCAAUUAAAUUAUUGAUUGUGCUUCGCCUGACGUAUUCAUUUUCAUCGGCAAUACGGAAAAAGACAAACUGAAUAAAGGAAUCAAUAAAACAGAUACAAAAAUGGGAAUAAGAUGACAGACUCCUCGUGCAAAAUUAACAACAAGAGGACUGAUAAACUGCCAACAAUGACCAAAAUACUGCACACUUCCAAGGAGCCGUAACUGAUACACACGGAUUAGAGUGUUUCGUAUUAGCAGCUUUCCUUCUGUGUUCUUAGCUCUUCGAGACGAGAUUAGUUUCACUGUCUAGAAUUUAACAAAGACGUCACGAUGAACUUAUUGUGGACUGAAAAUAUUGAUGAAAAGCAUAAUAGUAACAAUGAUGAUAAUAAUAAUGAUAAUGAUAAUAAUAAUAAUAAUAAUGAUAAUAAUAAUAAUAAUAAUAAUAAUAAUAAUAAUAAUAAUAAUAAUAAUAAUAGUAAUAAUAAUAAUAAUAAUGAUAAUUAUAAUACAUUUGAAAAAAGAGCACUUCCACUUAGUAAUUUCUUGAGAAUUUUCAGUGUCUAUCACCACUCUGAGUGUUUGCCUGUCUGCCUGUUUGUCUGUUAACUUGUCUGUCAGUCAGUCUGUCGGUCGGUCUGUCAGUCAGUCUGUCUCGGUCUUCUCCUUUUAGCAAGCUGUCGUCUUCGUUCCUGUGGAGGGAGCUUAUAAUUUCCUUUCCUUUGUGUUGUUAAUGUUGCUAAUAAUGUUGUUGUUGUUGCUGUUGUUGUUGUUGUUGACUAGAUCUUCCAUGGGCCCGCUUUGCCGUGUCACAGGCAGGGCGGCACGAUAGAAUAUCACAUUGAUAUAACUGUACACAUGUAAUUAAAUAGAGGUGAGUGAAGGCUUCGAUAUUAUUAUGCAUAUACGUAUGUAAACAUAAAUAUAUAUAUAUACAUAUAUAUAUCUAUACUUCGAUACACAUUAUAGUUUGCCGUGUCCAUUGUGUUUAUGUUUUAGCGCGUGAGUGUGUGUGUGCGUGCUUGUGUGAGUAGCGUCCCCCUACACUGCAAGAAAUACAGUGCAAAUGAUGUGAAAGGAAACUUCUAUAGGAGCAUAACGAACAGGAAGAGAAUGUUGCAACUACUGGAGUGUAAAGCAAUGUGUACGGAACCAGUAAACUCACAUUUCAUUGGUAUUAUUUACAUGAAAAAAGCUGUUUUAGUCUUAUAAAGAUUUGGAAGACAAGUAUGGAAUUUCAUGCAAAUUUCAGCUAACAUGAGGGAUUACAGUAACUACAGUUAAUUACUGAACACA